UAGUGUGGCCAAAAAGUAAAGAAAGAGCACAAUUACUUUAUUUCCAAUAAAUUUAGGAGAGUAAAUAUCUGCUCUAACCUUAAACUUUCCCGCCCGUUCAACUCGAAAGGUAUCAGAAAUCAAUCAAUCAAUCGUCCCUCUCUCAGCAAAAUCUGUUUAGAAAAAAAUGGAAGGCAGCGAGAGCGAAAAGGUUUUCGAUUUAUUGAACCUAAAUCCCCAACUUUUCAUCAACGAGACCCUAAAUUGUGUGGAUGAUUUAGUUGAUGACGCUUUUGAUUUCUUCCACAAAGAGGCAGCAAAUCUUGUAAAAACCGAGGGCACAGAUCGAUCUGACGAUCUGAAAAAGGGUGUGGCUAGCAUUAAGAACAUAAUCCAAUUGAAUCUGGAUAAGCGGUUGAGUAUGUGGGAGAAGUACUCUUUGCACCACUGUUUUACGGUUCCACAAGGGUUCUCUUUGCCUAAAGCUGAUGGACCAUCUGGUGACUCUUCAGUUGAUAUUAAUGGUGUGGAGAAUCCUGAACUAGACUCAAAGUUGGAUUUCUUAAGGAAUAAGCUUUCUCAGGUGGGAAAAGAGUCUGCUGCGCUCAACAGAGAACUACGAGAAUUGGAAAGGCAGUCCAUGCUAAGUGGUCGCUCUGCUGCCUCUCUUGCUGAAGCAUUAGAGUUGUAUCAGCAACAGUCUGUGAAUGAGAAGUUUGAAGAAUUGGUACGAACUGCAUCAGAUUUUCGAACCAAAGUGGAGGUGCUGACAACCAGAAUGGAGGACACUGAGCACCCACGAGCAAAGAAAAGUCGCAUUUCAAAUGGUGAACUGUAUAGAUUGAAUAAUGAUGAAGGCCUACUGAGUGUGACAGUGGAGGAACUUCAAGAACUUGUGGAUGAUAUAAAGACUCUUCGUGACUAAGCAGGCUUGAUUCACUAGUGCUGUAACGACAUGCUUCUGUAGAUUCUUAGCCAUGUAAGAAUUUUCGAUGUGUUAUAUUUUUUUUGUUUUGAUAUGCUUAAAAUUCGAGAGAUAAUAAUAAGCAGUUCAGUAGGACAUGAUUAGCCCUGUAAGACAAAAAUACUGUAUACUGAUAAAUAUGGGAAAGCAAAAAGUUAACCUCUUGA